AUGACAAUAAUUCUGAUGCAUCGCGAUCCAGAAUUAUUCCGUCAAAGGUUCAAACUGCCAAUCAUGUCCGAGACAGAUCAUGCUGCGCCAACGUCCAUUACCAUCGAAACGAUGGACUACGAAAAUUCGAACCUGCCAUUUCCGAGCGUGACCCUUUGUCCAAACGACCGCGUCGACUGGAACCGGGCCCUCGAGCUCGAAUCGAGGAUUUUUCCUAAUGACACGGACGGGGCGAGUCGUGAAACUUUUCGAAGAAUACUGGGCAAGCUUUCCAUAAUAAGCUUCGGGGAUUUCGACGAACUUAAGUUUCUGAAGCAUCAAGAUGUUCGAAUUGUUCAGGAUCUUUCGGGUAUUAAUAUAACUCAAGUACUGCGCGAGGUGAUACCACAUUGCAACGAAUUGCUGUCCAACUGCUGGUGGCACAACGCCACUCGCAAUUGCUGCGAGAUCUUCGAACUUCAGAAGACGGAGUACGGCUUUUGCUAUUCGUUCAAUUCGGAGUUGGCGGAAAAGCUGUCCGCGGCAAAGCCGGGAGAGUCGCGGCCACGAAAAACGUUCGGUUACGGCAAAAAGAGUGGCGUCAAGGUUACGAUUCAUCUGGGGAACAUAAGGAAGCCACCGAAUUCCGAGGAAAUCGACGGCGUGGUGGUGAUAAUAAACACGCCGCUCGUCUGGCCCAACAGCGGCACCAUGAUUCCGUCGGGAUCUUUGGUCAAUGUAGCUUUAGACAGCUACUCCGGAUAUGCCACCCAGCGAGUUCUCAAUCUGGACAAGCAACCAUGCAGGUAUGAGGCAACCGGCACGUACAGUCAAGAGACUUGUCUGUCGCUAUGCAAACGCUCCUACGUCAUCAAAUACUGCGGCUGCAACCCGUCUUUUCUGUUCCCAGCAAACACCCGGUACCGCGACUGCACCAUCGGGGAUUUCGCCUGCCUGAUUAAUCACAAUGUGUCUUUCGGCGGCAUAAUCAGCUUAUUCCUGGGUGGCUCGGUCCUCAGCGCCAUCGAACUCGUCUAUUACCUGAUAGUUGCGUUGUACUCGUCCAUAUAUCGGCGAUGGAAGGUCCAAAAGACGUCAAGGAAACAGCAAAAGAACCCGGCCAUCAUCCACACGACGAUGUUGCCCAUCCUAGAUUACAGCCCCGUGAAACCGCGGGCUGAGGGAAAGAUACCGAUUUUCGCGAAGUACCCCGCGAAAUCGAAUUCGAACAGAUAUUGA